AUGGACCUAGUGCUUGAGUAUGCCACAGACCUGCUCGCCCAAUGGACGACCGUCUCGCUACGACAAGCUACCUAUAUCGUACCUAGCACCGGUCAGCGUGUACACGGUGUUCCUAACCCUGCGGCCGAAUUUGAAAACGACAAUGAGCGCACACCUUUGCUGCAGCCAGACCGUUGCACUGAGGAUGGCGGAUGGUGGUACCCAGGCUGGCUGCAACGAGCCGCCGCUACCACCGACUCGGUACGCACUUUUAUACAGUCCGAAACUGGAAAAGGGAUUUUGAAAUGUAGCCUCGCGUACUUGCUAGGCACAAUGGCGACGUUUGUCCCAGUACUAUCUCAGUUCCUUGGUCAGCAAGGCGGGAAACACACCGUUGCAACUGUUACUGUGUACUUCCACCCCGCUAGGACUAAGGGUAGCAUGAUCGAAGCACUCAUGCUAGCUAUGAUUGCUUUUUGCUAUGCCGCCUUCAUUACUAUCACCAGUAUGAGCGUCUCGGUACUCUUUGAAGAUGUAUUCCACUUGCUCCCUCUUGGCCAUGCAAUCAUACUGAUUGUCUUUUGUGGAGGUGGACUCGGCUUCAUUGGAUGGGUGAAACAGCGGCGUGGCAACCCGUUGGUUAAUGUGGCCUGCUCCCUUGCUUCGCUGGCCAUAAUCACAGUUCUCACCAAGGAGGGAGCUGUUCAGCGAGGAGAUUUGUCCCUGGCCAAAAUCUACCAGGUCUUCAAAAUGAUCAUUAUGGGAGUCAUAGCUACAAUGACAGUUUGUUUUGUAGUUUAUCCGAUCUCUGCAAAGCGAAAGCUACGUCAAACUAUGGUUGAGAUGACAGAUUCCCUAUCCGAUAUGCUGGAAAUCAUCACCGAGGGCUUUAUAUACGGCGGUUCGGGAACGGAGAGUAGGCUGGAGCAGGGGCCAUUUCUUGACGCCUCAAAUAGGAACAAAGCGGCAUAUUCGAAAAUGGAAAAACUUCUGAGAGAAGCAAAACUUGAACAUUACGUUGCUGGCACGGAGAAGGAAUACCAACUUGAACAGAAACUUGUCCGUUGUAUUCAGGAUAUUUCCCAAAGUAUUGGUGGUCUACGAAGCGCGGCUGCGCUCCAGUCCGAUAUUCUGAAGCAAUUCCAACAGCCACCUCGGGAGAGAAGUUCUUUCGAUACCUUGCGAUCACCUCGCAACCACUCUCCUCCCCCUAGCCUGAAUAGGUCAGGUUUAACAUCGAGCCGCUCUGAUGAUAUACAAUCACCGACAAAUUUUGGAACAAUUGCUGCUACUGACUAUCCACGAACGGGUAAUAAUAGUACUGACUUUGUUCAAGCACCCGCUGAAAUUUUUGAAAGAUUCAUUAUCCAUCUUGGGUUGUCAAUGAACUCACUAGCUUACACGCUGAGGGAGAUUCUUCGUGAGCUCCCUUAUGGGCCAGCUCCGGACUUUAAAGUCACGGUCAAUAGCAAGUUUCGAACAAGCCUAGACCGUGCACUUGAACUAUACCGAAGCUCCCGUAAUGAUGCACUAACGCUCAUAUACAACCAAAAGGAUUUAAUUAUGACUGGUGGCAAACCUCUUGGAGUUGAAGCAGACCUAGAAGAGGUUGCUGCCAGCUGUGGUCACUUUAGUUUUUCCCUGCAAGAGUUCGGUGAACAGCUUAAAGAGUUUCUUGGUAUACUUGACAAACUUCAACUCGAGGCAGAAGAGCGGCCGAAUGGGCGAUCAUGGCGUUGGCUUAUUCCGUGGGCCUCAGAAUCAGGAGCAGAUGAUGAUUUGGCCCCGUUAGAUACAGCCAAAGCAGACGUGGUCUCACUCGCCGUAUUUGGAUGGGCAAUGUCCCUUUGGACAGCUUAUAUCAUUUUAGCACAAGGGAAGGGGCCAAUGGGAAGGUUUAUUAUGCUUACCUAUAACCUCACGGUGCUCUACGCCUAUUCAUUAUCUCAAGAGGGUGGUGACAAUGACGUGGAUGAAGGUGGAGAAAACCCAGUUAUCGCUGAUAUCGCUCUACACCGUGUAGUAGCUGUAUUUUCUGGUAUUCUAUGGGGAAUUAUCAUCACAAGGAUUAUCUGGCCAUCCAGUGCCAAAAGAAAACUCAAAGAUGGUUUAAGUGUACUUUGGCUCCGUAUGAGUGUCAUCUGGAAACGCGACCCCUUGUCCACCAUGAUUCGUGGGGGACCGACGACUCUUUAUUUCGAUGUGCAGGAAAAGAUACAACUACAGCUUUUCUUGAGCCACCUCGACUCUCUUCUAGUUUCGGCAAGAUCCGAAUUCUCGUUGAAACGGCCAUUCCCAGAUGCUGAAUAUGGCGCACUUGUUGCCAGGUCGAGACGGCUACUAGAUGCCUUUCAAGCCAUGAAUCUUGAGAUAAUGAAGAACCUCACAGCUUCUGAAGCCGCCGUUGAUAUUCUUGGGACGACAUUAACCUUUCUCAAAGUGCUGGCAUCCUCGAUGAAACUUGGAUACGCUUUGAACGAAGUCCUCCCCGACACUGAGCACGCCAGGGAUCGCCUGCUUGCCCGGCUUCACCACUUCCGGAGCGACAAACAGGCCUCCCAGCUGACCACGGAUGAAGACUAUGCUCUUCUGUAUGCAUACGCACUCGUUACUGCGCAGCUGUCUACCGAAAUCGUGGUGUUGAUGGAGGGUCCCUCGCGCCCGGCCUCCGCGCUCUUCACCAUGCAGAUCGACCCUGCGGCGCUGACAGGGACAACUGACUUUGCUUCAGUGGUGUCAGCGUCCACAACCAAGGCUGCCUCAGUCGCUCCUCCGAUAACACAGAAAACAACGAAGGCUCUUAUAUCUGUUCCGCGUCUCGAUGUCGAACCCAUUUAUACUGAACUGAAGGGCGCAAUUGGGGAUGGCUGGACCGAAUACAAGCAAGCGACAACACUAUUCUUACUUGGUCACCUUAACCAAAAUGAAUUUACCGCUCGCGCCACCCCGUUGCUGUCUGUUGAUCCGAAGCGCGAACGCCUUCACAAUAACUUCGUCUGCGCGCUUUUAGGGAACUUAUCCAGGGACCUGCCCGACCAUGGAGUUGCGAGCUGGGUUUCAGCAAAUGAUAAACCUACGGUGGUAUCGAAACCGGCCUCGGGGGAUGCUGCUGAACAGCGCCUCAAGACCGAGGUGAUGCAACUACCUCCGAGAGAUAGACGGAGACUAAAGGCGAUUCCAGAGUCUGACUCGAACGUCAUCCCAAAUUCCCUUGAGGAAUAUCAGUUGGCAAAGCAGAUCAGGUUACCAGAUCAGGUUCCUGCAAGCGCGGGUGGAUUGAACAAGACAACCUACAUGGCUAUUGCGACAGAAAAUUUCGUGAAAACCUUUCUCUCCAAUGUCUUCGGCAGGACCAAGUCCAACGGUCCUUCCGGAACUAUAAAUGGAACAACGACAAGAAGAUAUCGUCGGCAGUUAGAGCGUGAAGAGAUGGCAUUUACCCGCGGAGAAUUAGUGAGAAAUACUACCAAUGGCCUUCUUCCCAUCGAAGCCAAGGAAGCUAGCAUUCGUCAACCGCUAGGGUUACGUGACCUAAAACUGACCUUGGACCUUGCACCGGGUGCACUUGGCCAUAUGCCUCUUGUUAUUAGCCAAAUCAUGGACGGAUAUCUCGAGGAGGAGCUUGAGGCGGAAAGCCAGUGUUACUUAUUGGAGGCCAACGGUGGAGUUGACGCUUCGGACCAAGUGUCAUCUGGAGAUGAAAUGGAUGUCGACGAAGAGCCAUGGGAUUGGGAGGGUGCAACUGCUGCAGAUCAUAACCAGCUAAGCUCAAUCCUGGAUGAGUGCCUUUCCAUGGCCGCCUGA